GAAAAGGAACAGACCUGUAACCAUAACUCAGUUGGACUUGUAUCCAAGAAGUCAGAUGCAAUGGAUUGGCUCCCUCACCGAACAACUGCUUUUCUGUUCCUUUUAUUGGUGUUCUUGGAUUUCAGCACAGGAUUUCAUGUAGAGGUAAAAGAAUGGAGUGAAAAUGGAACAGCAAGAUGGAAAACCUUCAGAAGACAAAAACGUGAAUGGAUAAAAUUUGCUGCAGCUUGUAGAGAAGGAGAAGAUAAUUCUAAGAGGAAUCCAAUUGCCAGAAUUCGAUCAGAUUGUGAAGAAAACAAUCCAAUCACAUACAGCAUCUCUGGAGUUGGAAUUGAUCGUGCCCCAUAUGGAAUAUUUGUUAUUAACCCGAGAACAGGAGACAUUAAUAUAACAGCAAUAGUGGAUAGGGAAGUGACCCCAGUAUUUGUUAUACGCUGCUUUGCUAAACACUCAGUGACGGGUAUAGAUUUGGAACCACCUCUUGAACUUCGAGUCAGAGUUCUGGAUAUAAAUGAUAAUCCUCCUAUAUUUGCACAAUCUGUAUUUACAGGAGCUGUUGAAGAAUGCAGUAUGGACAACACACUGGUGAUGAAAAUAAUUGCAUCAGAUGCAGAUGAACCUAAUAACUUGAAUUCUAAAAUUGCCUUCAAGAUAGAGAGUCAGGAACCUUCAGGCCCACCAAUGUUUGUUAUGAAAAAGGCUACUGGAGAACUCCAUCUGGCAAAUUAUCUUGACAGAGAGCAACACAGUAGCUACACUCUGGUUGUGAAAGCAUCAGAUCGGGAUGGAGCUGGAGAUGGAAUUUCAUCCCUUUGUAGCUGUCAUGUGAAAGUUAUUGAUGUCAAUGACAACUUCCCAACUCUUGCUCAAAGCUCUUUUUCAGCAGCUAUUUCAGAAAAUUCACUCAGUUCAGAACUGCUACGAAUACAAGCUCUGGAUGCUGAUGAAGAGUUUACUGACAAUUGGUUAGCGGAGUUUUUCUUUAUAUCUGGUAAUGAAGAUAAUUGCUUUGAAAUUGUUACAGAUCCAGCUACAAAUCAAGGAAUCCUUAGAGUAAUUAAGGAACUGAAUUAUGAACAAAUCCGAACUCACUCACUGAGUAUCGGUGUCAGGAACAAAGCUGAAUUCCACCACUCUGUUAUGUCUCAGUACCAAGUCAUCGGAACACCCCUGAUAGUAGAAGUAAAAAAUGUGAUUGAACCUCCAAGGUUUAAUCCAUCUUCAAUUAUCUUUUUUGUAUCACAAAAAAUGAGGGCGAACUAUGUUUUGGGAACAUAUACAGCUUUCGAUGAGGACACAGGGACUACUGCAACCAAUGUUGUAUAUAGUAUAGGACGUGAUCCAGGUGCCUGGUUCAGAAUCAAUCAAAACACUGGUGAAAUCACACUGAACAAAGUUAUUGACUGGGAAUCCUCCUAUGUAUCCCAUGGGCAGUACAGAGCAGAGGUUCUGGCUAUUACUAGAGGGGUUCCUCAAUAUACUGCCACUGGCACCAUUGUGCUUACAAUGCAAGGCGUUAAUGACAAUUGUCCAACUAUUAAUACAGCAUUAAGGAAAGUAUGUAUGCAUUCCCCGUCAGUGGUCAUCACAGCAAAGAGCGUAAAUGGUGAUCUAUACGGGCUCCCCUUUACGUUCAGCAUACAUGGUGAACCUCAAACUACGUGGAUUAUCAGAUCAAUAAAUGCUACCUCUGCAGAAUUAGUGAGCCAGAACAUGGACUUCUACCUUUAUAAGAUCUAUAUUAGAGUAAGAGAUAGCCAAGGCCGAAGCUGCUUACAACCAUACAUAAUUCCUCUACAAGCUUGUCGCUGUGACAGUCGCAAUUAUUGCAGCAGUGGGGCCACAAAAAUAAUUAUCAUCGGUGGUGGUGACGGUGGUGGUGGUCCUGAUGAUGACAGAAUUGGUUGGACUGGUAGGCCUGUUACUGAAGACUACACAGACGUGACAUACUGGAAUACUAACACUGAAAUAUAUGAGUCAUAUACUGCUGAGGAUGGAAAUGGUUAUCCUCUCACAUAUGGCCCAUCUUCUACUACACUUAGCGGUGCUGCCAUUGGCCUGAUGUUUCUUGGUGGCUUAAUAUUUGUUCUGAUUCCAAUUCUGAUGUCAAUGAGUGACUGUUGUGGCUGUGGACCUGGAGCUGCAGCUGGAGUUGGAACUGGAUUUGAACCUGUACCUGAAUGCACAGAAGGGGCAAUUCAUCCAUGGGGAAUAGAAGGUGCACAGCCUGAAGAUAGGGAUGUCUCACACAUUCUUGCCCCAACAACAGCUGCUGGAGGUGAUUUUGGUGAACCUUCUGAUAUAUAUACAAACACAUAUGGAGGAGGAGGAGGAGUAUGUCAUGGUGUUGAAGAAACUACAGGGGUUGGCUAUGCCACUGGUACUGGUUAUGGAACAGCUGGAGGAGUUUCUGGAACAGGGGAAGUAAAAGGGUCAACGGGAGGAACGAUAAAAGAAUAUCGAGAAGGAGGGGUGAACAUGGCCUUCCUAGACAACUACUUCUCUGAGAAAGCAUUUGUGUAUGCAGAUGAAGAUGAAGGUCGACCAGCAAAUGACUGCCUAUUAAUAUAUGAUCACGAAGGAAUAGGUACUCCUGUCGGCUCUGUUGGUUGCUGCAGCUUUAUUGGAGAAGACACAGAUGAAACGUAUUUGGAUACAUUAGGACCAAAGUUUAAGACCCUGGCAGAGAUCUGUCUGGGCAAGGAGAUCGAACCUUUCCCUGAUGUCAACCCACCUUGGCCAGGCAUUAAUGUCACCUUUCCCAACCCUGAAUGUGACCUGAACCUCCCGCCACCUGGAACCACCAUCCUUGUCAACGGCUCUGCACCCAUGGCUCCCCCGGUUGGCACUACCACGGUUGUUACUGAAAACACCUACACAUCUGCAUCUACCAUACAGCCCCCACGGCCCAUGCCUGAUCCUUUGCUCCAUGGUAAUGUGACGGUGACAGAGACCUACACCUCCGGCUCUCCUUGUGUUGACCCACUGCGCGCAUCCAAUGUUGUUGUAACAGAAAGGGUUGUUGGUCCUGCGUCUGCCUCCGAUUUGCGUGGCAUGCUAGAUAUUCCCGAUCUCACAGACGGGUCCAACGUUAUCGUCACGGAAAGAGUCAUUGCACCUAAUUCCCGGCUUCCAACGUCUCUGAGCAUUCCCGAUUUGGUAGAUGGGUCGAAUGUGGUGGUGACAGAAAGGGUGUUCAGGCCUGCCUCUGGCAUGCCGGGCAGCUUAAUAAAUAUUCCCUCAGAGUUAUCCAACACCCACAAUGUGGUGGUCACUGAGAGGGUAGUGUCAGGGUCUGGGAUGACCGGCCUAGCGGGGGGAGGUCUAGGGGGGGCAAACCUGGGGGGCCUGAGCAGCACAGGUCAGAUGCUCAAUACCGACUGCCACCUUGGCCAGGCAAUGGGCACAGCAUCCCCUGGCACCUCCCGGAGAAGAGUGACAAAGUACAGCACCGUGCAGUACUCCAGCCAGUAAGGCUUCUGCCAGCGCACCUCCCCACUGAAAUUGGCACUUGCAUCGGCAUUUGUUAGCUGCCACCCACCAAGAAUAUCAUCAUUUUUUACAACUAGAAAACAGCACUGAAAUUUCAGGAAUUCCUCCUUGAGUGAGGAUCUCAGAAGGGUGCCCCAUUUCAAGGUCAAAAACUUUGUCAGUGAAGGGAAAGCUGAGGUGAGCUCUAAAUUUCUCUUUCUUUCCACAGAGCGAUAAACUUGUGCAAACAGACACUAACGAUUUUAGAGAGAGAUCUGAUAAGUAAGGAGA